GAAGUGCAUCCAUACAUGGGGUGGAAGGGGAACGGCAUUCCUCCGGUGACACGGGAAUAUUUUUGUUACCAGCAGCAAGUGCUUCCCAAGCGGCACCAGGCUGCUCUCUGCCACCGCUUUGCGCUCUUUCAUCUCUUCAGGAAAUCCAGCUCCACACCAGUGACGUCGGAGCAGGCCCAGGCCACAGAGGCGAUGGCGGAACCAGCCUACACCGUACCGGCGUUUCGGCAGAGGGCCGGCGAGGGCUCUGAGGAGUACCAGAGAGUGGCUACGAAUUUUGGGAAGGGGCUGUCCGUCAUCCAGGAGGAGCUCCACAGGAUGAGGAUGGCCACCAAGGCCCAAGUGGACAGCAUCGCCAUCCAGAAGGAAGUGAAGGACAGGAUGAUGAAGAAGGCAGAGGAGCUAGAGGACUUCCCGAAGGCGCCAGACUUCCUGGUGGCCCUGCGGUCCCACACCGUGUGGGAGAAAACGCCCGUCAAGCUCUUCUGCACCGUGGAGGGAAACCCCAGGCCCAUCGUCAAAUGGUAUAAAGGGGGAGUGCCGGUCGAUCCGCUGAGCGCCCCAGGAAAGUACAAGAUUGAGAGCAAGUAUGGAGUCCACAGUUUGAUCAUCAGCAGGUGUGUUGUGAGUGAUACCGCCGAGUACAGCGCCGUGGCGACCAACCAGCACGGCACGGCCACCAGCAAGGCCACAGUCAUCGUAAAGCGACCAGCCGGAUCCGGGGAGGCCUGCCAGCUCGGCCUAGUGCCUCACCUGACGGAGAUCCAUCCCAGCAAGCUGGAGGUCACCCUCCUCGACCGUUUCCCGGUGAGCUUCGGCGUGGAGGGCGGCUCCGUCAAACUGGUCUGCACCAUGGUGGUGGUCCCCGACCUCCCCAACAUCCCCCCCCUGGCCCAGUGGUACAGAGAUGAUAAACUACUGAAGCCAAGCCCGCUGGCGGAGAUGAGCGUGGGAGGGGGCGCGGCCAGUCUGACGCUGCCCGACCUGGCCAAAGACGACGAGGGCCUCUACACGCUCCGCAUCUUCACCAAGGACGGCACCGCCGAGCACAGCGCCUACCUGUUCGUCUCCGAUGCUGCUCCGUCUGCCGCCGGCGCUCCCGGAGCUCCAAUGAGCGUCAAGGCCUAUGACAUCAACUCUGACUACGUCUUGGUUGCUUGGAAACCCCCCAACACCGUCGACGAGGCGCCAAUCACCGGAUACUUUGUGGACCGGUGUGACGUCGGUUCCGACACUUGGGUCCAGUGCAACGACGCCCCGGUGAAGGUGUGUAAAUACCCGGUGCACGGCCUCAGCGUGGGCCGCUCCUACCACUUCCGGGUCCGAGCCGUGAACAAAGUCGGCAUCAGCCGGCCGUCCCGCAAGUCUGAGAAAGUCACCGCCCUGGACGCCGCCGAGAGCGAGAGGCUGCAAGUGAUCAAAAUCGAAGGGAAGUAUGACAUAGUGAUCAAGGAUGAUGACCUGGAAGGCUACGUAACCAUUCCGGGCGAGCCCACCGACGUGCACGCGUCCGAGAUUUUCAAAUCAUACGUGGUGCUGAGCUGGAGGCCCCCCAGCCCGCGCGGACGAGCCCCGCUGUGGUACGUCAUCGAGAAGUGCUUAGCGGGCACUGGGGCGUGGCAGCGGAUCAACACUGCAGUCCAGCUGCGCUCCCCCCGUUACCCGGUCUUUGAUUUGCAGGACGGGCAGAAGUACCAGUUCCGCGUGUUUUCAGUGAACAUGUACGGCUCCAGCGAGGCCUCGGCGCCCUCGGAGCCCGUCCAGAAGGUCCCGGAAGAUGGAACAGAGCAGCCGAUCGGCGUCCCCUCUGCCCCCGGACAGGUGGUCGCCACCAGGAACACAAAGUCCUCUGUGUUCGUGCAGUGGGACCCCCCCAAACACCUGAAAAACCUCAUGGGGUAUUACAUCGAUGGCCGCGCCGCCGGAUCCAAGAGCUGGUUCGCGUGUAACCACAAACCCUUCAAGCAAAACAGGUUUGUGGUCCACGGUCUGAUCCCGGGGGAGACCUACGUUUUCCGCGUUCAGGCGGUCAACGUGUUUGGCCUGAGCGACGAGUCGCAGGAGUCCUCCCCCAUCUCUGUGGAGCCCGCCCUUGGCAGGGGGGUGGAAUACGCCACGCCCAGCGCUCCGUACGGAAUCACCAUGCUGAGCUGCGACGGCGCCUCCAUGACGCUGGCCUGGAAAAGCCCCAAACACUGCGGCGGCUCCAAGGUUAACGCCUACUACAUCGACAAGCGCGACGCCGACACGCUGGUGUGGAAGGAGGUCAACCUGUCCGCCGUCACCGACAGGACCUGCACUGUGGAGAAUCUGACAGAAGGAACCUUCUAUGAGUUCAGGAUCCAGGCUGCCAACCUGGCAGGCGUCGGUCUUCCCUCAGCGCCCAGUGACCCCAUGAAGUGUGAAGCCUGGACUAUGGCAGAGCCAGGGCCGGCCUACGACCUGAGCUUCAGCGAGGUGCGUGGAGACUCCCUGGUCCUCCUGUGGAAGGCUCCCGUUUACCCCGGAGCUUCUGCCGUCACCGGAUACUUCGUUGACAUGGCCAAGGCCCGCUCCUCCGACUUUGUCACCCUAAACCCAGACGCCGUGAGCCAUUGCUACCUGCAGGUGGCCGGGCUGCAGGAAGGUGAAAGCUACGUGUUCAGAGUCCGGGCGGUCAACGCCAACGGCGUGGGAAGAGCUUCCCAGCUGUCGGAGCCGGUCUGCGCCAAAGCUCUUCCAGGAUCUAAAGAGAUCGUGGCUGGAGUGGACGAGGAGACCGGAGACGUCUUCCUGUCAUUCGAGGCCUGUGAGAUCUGUGAGACCUCCAAGUUUGUGUGGUCCAAGGACUACAAACCCGUCUCCGACGGCCCGCGGGUCGCCGUCUCUGCAAAGGGCAGAACCUCCAGACUGACCUUCACCAACCCCGACUCGGAGGAUCUGGGCAGAUACUCGGUGGUGGUGACCGACACAGACGGGGUUUCCGCCAGCCACACUCUGACGCAGGACGCUCUGAACGCCAUGCUGGAGCUCAGCUACGCCAUCAGACACCCAGUCGUUCCUCUGAAGCACAGCCUGAACUACGAGAUCCUGGAGAAAGGCCACGUGCGCUUCUGGCUGCAGGCCGUCAAGCUGUCCCCGUCCGUGUCCUACCGGUUCAUCGUCAACGACAAGGAGGUCACCAGCGGGGAGGGUCAGAAGAUCAGUCACGACGUGGCGUCGGGGGUCAUCCAGAUGACCGUGGAUCAUUUCACCCGAGCCAACGAAGGCACCUACACGGUCCAGAUCCAUGACGGGAACGCCAAAACCCAGAGCUCCCUGGUUCUGGUGGGAGACGUGUUCAAAGCUGCUCUGAAGGAGGCGGAGUUCCAAAGGAAAGAGCACAUCAGGAAGCAAGGCCCACAUUUCUCUGAAUAUUUGUACUUCACCGUCACGGAGGACUGCACCGUCCUGCUCGCCUGCAAGGUUGCCAACGUGAAGAAGGAAACGGCUUUCCACUGGUACAAGGAAGACGACGAGAUCGUUCCAGAAACCCCUCCCAACGUCCUGUCCGGAGCCUGCGCUCUUCCUCUCCCCCAGUUCUCCAGGAAGGAUCAGGGAGUCUACAAGGCGGUUCUCAGUGACGACAGAGGAAAGGACACCUCGGUGUUUGACAUCUCAGGGAAAGUGUUUGAUGACAUCAUCAACGCCAUCGCUCAGAUCGCCGGCGCGUCGGCCUCCGAGCUGGUGAUGCAGUGCACUCCAGAGGGCAUCCGGCUGCAGUGCUACAUGACCUACUACACGGAGGAGAUGAGGAGCGUCUGGAAGCACAAGGAGAGUAAGAUCGCCUCCUCUGAGAAGAUGAGGAUCGGCGGCACCACAGAGAUGGCCUGGAUGCAGAUCUGCGAUCCCUCCGACAAGGAGAAAGGUCACUACUCCAUCGAGAUUUCCGACGGAGUCUCCACCUACACCCGGACGUUUGACCUCUCCGGACAAGCGUACACCGACGCCUACGAGGAAUACCUGAGACUGAAGGCCGCUGCCUUUGCUGAGAAAAACCGCGGCCGGGUGGUUGGAGGUCUUCCUGAUGUGGUCACCAUCAUGGAGCAGAAGUCCCUGAGCCUGACCUGCACCGUGUGGGGCGAGCCGACUCCGGAGGUCACCUGGUUCAAGAACGAGCAGGAAGUCACCUCCACCGAGCACACCAAGGUCACCUUUGACGGCGGCAAGUUUGCCAGUCUGGUCAUCACCAAGGUGACCCCGGAGGACUCGGGCAAGUACAGCAUCAACGUGCGGAACAAGUACGGCGGCGAGUUCGUGGAGAUCACCGUCAGCGUGUACCGCCACGGAGAGCCCCUCCCCGAGCCCAAACUGGGACAGCCCAAAGCGGCGGCGCCGCCCCCAGCCGCCGCCCCCAAGUCCCCGGCCCCUCCUCCCAAGACCCAGACCCCCACCCCACCCAAACCCCAGACCCUGGCACAGUCCUUCAAGACCCCCACCCCUGCCUCCACCCCAGCUUCAACCCCAGUCCCCAAGUCCCCAACCCCCACCCCAAAGUCCCCCACCCCACCUCGCAGCGUCAAGUCUCCGACCCCACCCAGGUUCAUGAAGUCUCCCACCCCACCCAGGAAGUGAGGGGGAGGGGUUGAAAGCGGCGUCUGAAACCGGGGGGGGGCGUUCCUUUAACCCCCCCAAAGUCUCAGCUGUCGCUCAGCUGAUCCGCUUUGAUCCAUGUUUGUGUCGUAGGAAGUUAGGAUGAUGUUUAAAGCUGAGCCUUCCACUGUGCCGCGCAGUGGAGUGACCUUUACUGCUGGGGGGUCACAGCAGAUCAGUCCUGGACUUUCACCUGAGCGUGCUCUCCCUUCACCUCCCGGAAACGUUUGGUUUGGAUCCGGUCUGCCGUCGAUACUUUCAAGAAAAGUGGCGCCGUAAAACCAGGUUUUAUUUUGAAACCUCCGGACUGUCAGGAGAAUCGAUCGCGUUCCGCCAUCCGGCUGUUCCUGAGAGCAGAAACGUUCACUUCCUGUCUGUCAGGGGUCCACCUGUCUGUAGUUUACUGUCACUGCUGUUUGAUGCCAAUAAAGUUUUCUUUGGAGACCUC